AUGCCCUUCCUCAAGAAAAAUGCCGACCAGGUCGAGUCUACCGCUCCGCCCAAUGGCGAAUCCUCCGCGAGCGGCGCCGCCAAGGAGCAGAGCUCCGCGGCGUCAGCGGCCAAGGGGCAGAAGAUUACCUUCCUGGCAUGCUUCUUAGGACUUGUAGCCAGUAUUGGAGGUUUCAUGUUCGGAUAUGUCAGCGGUCAAAUCUCUGGUUACUUCCAGAUGGACGACUUCGCUCGGCGUUUCGGUCAGGCCGAUGGAAACGGCGGAUACAGCUUUGACGCCGCGAGGCAAGGAACAAUCACCGGUCUUCUCCCUGUUGGAUGUCUUUUCGGCGCCUUGAUCGCUGGAAAGCUUGCCGACUCCAUCGGCCGACGCCUGGCCAUCUCGGCCUCGGCUCUCUGGGCCUGUGUCGGAACCAUCAUCGAAAUAUCAUCUGAUCAGGCCUGGUACCAGUUUGCCAUCGGUCGCCUGGUGACGGGUAUCUCCAUCGGUGCCCUGUCCGUCGUGGUUCCCAUGUACCAGUCCGAAUCCAGCCCGGCUAUCAUCCGAGGUAUUCUAGUCUCAACCUACCAGCUGUUCAUCACCUUUGGCAUCUGGACCUCCUACAUGGUCGACUGGGGCACCCACAAGAGCUACACCGACGACGCUGCGUGGCGCAUUCCCAACGGCCUCGGUUUCCUGUGGUCUCUCAUCCUUGGCGCCGGUAUCCUCUUGCUCCCCGAGAGCCCCCGAUAUGCUUUCUACAAGGGCCGAGAAGAGGAGGCGCGCAACACCAUCGCCAAGCUGGCCGGAGUCGACCCCCACGACCGCAUCGUUAAUGACCAAAUCACGCAGAUUCGUGUCAAGGUCGACGAGGAAAAGCACAUGGCCAAGGCUAAGAUAUGGGAGAUCUUCACUGGACCCAAGAUGAUGCAGCGAACCAUGCUCGGUAUCCUUCUCCAGGCCGGCCAGCAGCUUACAGGAGCCAACUUUUUCUUCUAUUACGGUACUACCGUUUUUGCGGCUACUGGUCUGUCGGAUUCCUACGUUACACAGAUCAUCUUGGGAACUGUCAACGUCGUAUGUACCUUUGGCGGACUCGUCGUCGUCCAGAAAGUCGGUCGACGCAAGGCCCUCAUGGCUGGCGCCGCCUGGAUCUUCAUGUGCUUCAUGGUCUACGCGUUUGUCGGUGAAUACGUGCUCGACCCUGUCGACCCGUCGAGAACCCCCGCGGCGGGAUCGGUGCUUAUCGUCUUCUCCUGUCUCGCCAUCGCCGCCUUUGCCACCACCUGGGGACCUCUUGUGUGGGCCGUCGUCGCCGAGCUCUAUCCUGCUCGCUACCGUGGCCCCUGUAUGGCUUUGGCGACCGCAACCAACUGGUUCUGGAACUUUCUCAUCUCGUUCUUCACUCGAUUCAUCACCGAUUCCAUCCACUACUGGUACGGUCUGGUCUUCGCUGGGUGCUGUCUCUGCCUCAUCUUCAUUGUCUACUUCGGCAUGAUGGAGACCAAGGACAGGUCCUUGGAGGAGAUCGACACCAUGUACAUGCUCGGCGUCAACCCGAUCCACUCGAGCAAGUGGGACGGCAGCAAGGCCCCCGAAGGUGUCGCGAAUGGGUCGCUGACGGAGGACCACUCCGAAGCAUAA